AUGUCGAAGCGCUUGGCGACGGUCGCGUGUAUCGUCGUCGCUUGCGCGACGCACGGCGUGUGGUGCACGAUUGGGUUAGUGGCUGUUGUGACGGCGUUCGCGUUGAGUUGCGAAGUCGCUCGAUCAGCGACGUAUUCCGUAAAACGAAAGCGAGCGUACGUCUUCGUCGUGUCCGUGAUUCUGUUUAUAGUCAUUGAUGAGCUCGAAAGGUCAGCGACAUCGCCUUCAGUCGCGACUGGGAUCAUGCGCACGACUUUCAACGCGUAUCGAGCGUUUCGCUACGACGUCUUGCGAAUGUUGUCGUACGGAAUCGACGUCGUCGAAGGCGUCGCGGCGCCGUCUCUGGGCGUGGCAUUGCGGUACGUCAUGUAUCCUCCGCUCAGACAGUGCGGGCCAAUCGUAUUUUAUCGUGAGUUCGAACGGCACACGUGCGCUGGCGACAAAAGGCGGUUCGGUUAUGCGCUUCGAGAACUCGCCGAUUGCUUCGCGUGGUACGCGAUGUUAGACUACGCGACUCGAACGUACUAUUCCUCAAUGAUGGCACCGGACGACGGUCUCUUCACCAACAUGGUACACGCGUGGACGCAUACGACGGCGAUCUGGGCGUCGCCGACGAUCAUAUUUAACUUUAAUCACGCGCUCGCCGUUUUUGACGGGCAAGUUUCUCCCAGGGACGUCAGCGUGCCAUGGACUUCAUCCGGGACUUCGUUCACCAACUUUUGGCGCACUUUCCACACCAGCUUGCACGAACUCUACGUGCACUACAUCCAUCGGCCAUCCGGCUCGAACACGCUAUCGGUUGUCAUCGUUAUGGGUUUCUCUCUAUUGUUCCACGGUAUACGCGACACCGCAUGGUGGGUCUUCUUCAUCGUAAAUUGCAUCGGUGUCGUCAUCGAGAGGACGUUCACCGAUCGAUAUCCCGCCGCCUUCGAAGGGUUCAGCCCGAUAUCGAUGGCUAUGUACCAAGCGUUUUUAUUCGCAAUCUUUACCGCGUGUUCGGGCGGGGAUGCUCGCAUGUCUCAUCGUAACGCGUCGCUGCCACUCAACGUUCUCAUCUUCUGGAGCUUGCAACGCACGUGA